AUGAAACGGCCUUCAACGAGGGAGGAACUUCCCUCGAAACGCGCCAAAACCACCAGAGGGGAAGAUGACUACAUGCCUGGAAACAUAAUUGAGAUUGAACUUCGUAAUUUCAUGACCUACGAUUGUUUAGUUUGCAAACCUGGAUCACGCUUGAACCUUGUAAUUGGACCAAAUGGGUCGGGUAAGAGCUCAAUUGUGUGUGCCAUUGCACUUGGACUUGGUGGUGAGCCUCAGCUGCUCGGUAGGGCAACGAGUAUUGGGGCAUAUGUGAAGCGUGGGGAGGAGUCUGGGCAUAUCAAAAUAUCCCUGAGGGGAAGCACAAAAGAUGAGAAGAUUACCAUCAUCCGCAGGAUUGACACACAUAACAAGUCAGAGUGGUUGUUCAAUGGCAUCUCUUUCACCUGGGUAUGUGAAUUCGCAAAGCUAACUCCGGUUCAACUUCUAGAAGAGACUGAAAAGGCUGUUGGUGAUCCGCAACUUCCAAUCCAACACCGUGCUCUUGUUGACAAAAGCCGUGAAUUGAAGACUAUUGAAGUGGCAGUUAAGAGGAAUGGGGAAACACUGAAUCAGCUGAAAGCCCUCAAUUGUGAGCUUGAAAAAGAUGUGGAGCGUGUCAGACAAAGGGAAGUACUCCUAAAGGAGGUUGAAUCCAUGAAAAAGAAAUUGCCAUGGUUGGAGUAUGAUUUUAUGAAGGCUGACUAUUUGAAAGCUAAAGAGGCAGAGAAGGAUGCAAAACAGAAGUUGGAUGAAGCUGCAAAAGCUUUGAAAGACUUAAAAGAGCCUAUUGAAUCACCAGUUUGGGUUCUCCCCUUAGCUGCCAAUAACUUAUUCUGCAUCUCUGAAUCUGUGUCUAGUAAAGUUCCUUUCCUCUUGAAGGCCUCGGUGGCAAUCAUUACCUUGAUUGAUGAUUUGGUCACACGAUAUAUUUCUGAACGUAUGCAAGAAGCUUUGGUAGAAAUUGUAACCCAUCACUGGGAUUGGCAAAUACAGCUCCAGCAGAAUUUGAGAAAACAAAAGCUUGAAAAAGCCCAAAUGGAUGCGAAAUGUAAAAGGGUAAGCAAUCUCAUAAAGGAAAAUACUAAGCGACGUAUGGACUUUCUGGAGAAGGAAAGCAGUUUGGGGGUACAAAUUCGUGGAAAAUACAAGGAAAUGGAAGACUUGAAGAAGCAAGAAGAAUCACGCCAACAAAGAAUCAUAAAAACUAAAGAGGAUCUUGUGACUGCUGAAACAGACCUUCAAAACUUGCCUGUUUAUGAACCUCCGAAAGAUGUGCUUGAUAAAUUACGUUCUCAGAUUUCGGAUCUUGAGGUCUCUGCAAAUCAAAAAAGAAUUCAGAAGCAGGACAAGGAGAAGGUUUUAAGUCAAAAGAAAGUAGCACUGAGGCAGUGUGUUGACAGGUUGAAGGAUAUGGAAAAUAAAAACAACAAGCUCUUACAAGCGUUAAGAAAUUCUGGAGCUGAAAAGAUAUUUGAGGCUUAUUAUUGGCUUCGAGAACAUCGUCAAGAGUUGAAUAAGGAGGUCUAUGGGCCUGUUUUGCUUGAGGUUAAUGUCUCUAAACGAGAUCAUGCUGACUACUUGGAAGGUCAUGUGCCAUAUUAUAUCUGGAAGUCUUUUAUAACCCAGGAUCCUUGUGAUCGGGACUUUUUGGUAAAAAACCUAAAGUCAUUUGAUGUGCCAAUUUUAAACUAUGUGAGGGAUGAAUGUCGUCAUAAGGAGCCGUGUUGCAUUUCCGAUGAGAUGCGUGGGCUUGGAAUCUAUUCACGUCUCGAUCAAAUUUUUGAAGCUCCUGAUGCUGUCAAGGAGGUUUUGAUCAGCCAGUUUGGGCUGGAAAACUCUUAUAUUGGGUCAAAGGAAACUGAUCAGAAGGCUUCUGAGGUUGCAAAGUUGCGAAUUUUGGAUUUUUGGACUCCUGAAAAUCACUAUCGGUGGUCUGUCUCUAGAUAUGGUGGUCAUGUAUCAGGAAGUGUUGAUCCAGUUGAUCGCUCACGUUCAGAUAUUGGGGAAAUUGAAAGGCUGAGGUGCAGGAAAGUGGAGCUGGAAGAAUCUGUUAGUGCUUUAGAGGAAGAUUUAAAAUUGCUCAUGACUGAGCAAAGAUCCUUAGAAGAAGAAGAAGCUAAACUUCAUAAACAGCGGGAGGAGAUUGUAAGCAUUGUGACAUUUGAGAAGCGUAAACGGCGUGAAAUGGAGAACCGUGUUGAUCAAAGGAAAAGGAAAUUAGAGUCAUUGCUGAAGGAAGAUGACCUGGAUGCUGUUAUGGCAAAACUGAUUGAUGAGGCUGCAAACAUUAACACACGGCGGUUGCAAUGUGCAAUUGAUAUUAAGAAUUUGCUUCUUGAUGCUGUUGCUUACAAAUGGAAUUUUGCUGAAAAACACAUGGCCUCCAUCGAGUUUGAUGCAAAGAAGGAAACAGAGGAUCGUCGACAGCAACUCUUGGCUGCUAAAAGACAUGCAGAAUCAAUUGCUGUCAUCACUCCAGAACUUGAAAAGGCGUUUCUUGAGGUUCUAGAAUUGGCAAAGUCCAAUUUGAUUAGAGGAACUGUUAAAGAAGAGUUUUCUCUAAACGGCUUUAGCCUUAUGUUUGAUGAUUGCCCGGCUCUACCUUAUUUAAGUCAGAAACAUGAACCAGAAAUGCCAACGACCAUUGAGGAAUUAGAGGUCGCUAUUCAUGAUACUUUGUCUCAAGCCAAUUCCACUCUUUCCCUGAACCAGAAUGUGGUCGAAGAGUAUGAACACCGUCAGGAAAAGAUAGAGGCAAUUACCAAAAAACUGGAAGCAGAUAAGGAAGAGCUGAAGAAUUGUUUAGCUGAAAUAGAUGCCUUAAGGAAGAGUUGGCUUCCAACAUUGAGAAGCCUCGUUACUCAGAUUAAUGAAACUUUCAGCCGUAACUUCCAGGAGAUGGCUGUUGCAGGAGAAGUUUCAUUGGAUGAGCAUGACAAUGACUUCGAUCAAUUUGGAAUACUGAUAAAAGUGAAGUUCAGAGAAGCCGGACAACUUAAAGUUCUCAGUGCUCACCAUCAAUCUGGAGGGGAGCGUUCUGUUUCAACCAUUCUGUACCUUGUUUCUCUUCAAGACCUCACGAACUGCCCGUUUAGGGUAGUUGAUGAGAUAAAUCAAGGAAUGGACCCCACAAAUGAAAGAAAGAUGUUUCAGCAAUUAGUGAGAGCUGCAAGCCAACCAAACACACCACAGCACUUAUCAGUUUUGACUGUUCUGUUUAUUGCUUUGUUAGUCAUGUGCCAGCAUGGAGCAGUGGAGACUGUUGGGGAGCUGUCACGGGGCUAUUGGGAGAAAGUCAAUGCUGAAAUGCCAAUUCUAACAAAGAUCCCUCCAUGGAAUCCUUGA